ACUGUGCUCAAAAAGGAAAAAAGUAUUUGUAAACUUUGUUCUUCAACACACAGGUCUGCUUGAGAUAUAGCUCCGGAUUCAUUUUCAAUUUAAAAAGAUUACUGUCCGUUACAAAAUGAAUGAGGAGAUCAUCUGUUUGCUGGAACGAGAGAGAGACAACUUCUUACAAAAAGGAAAGCAUGACUUGGUAAAGUCUUUAGAAAAAUCCAUAGAGAGCGUAAAAGAUUUGAAAGAACCAAUAGAUUCAAUCAAGAAAGUUCGUUCACUCCCAAUCGGGCUCAUUCAGGCAGCUAAAGUAGAACGAUUGAUAACUCGAAGAGAAGACUCCUUCUCGUUUGUCGAAACAAUGAACCAGAAUUUAAAAUCUAUGCAACAAUCCAAACUUAAUUUGAAGUCAAUCAAGAAAGGGAAAAAGCAAGUUGAAGAGAAAGUUUCCAGCAAGACUAGCAGCCAGGCUGAGCAGUCAACAAGGCCUCGACAGAAGACAAGAUAUAUUCCAAAAUUUCGUUCAGCUGCAUAUUCUUUGUUGUUAGGUCUUUAUCAAGCAAUAGUCGUACAAGGCCUUGAAGAUAUCGACAAACAAGGGUUGAUUAAUCUAUCUCAACCGUUCUGUGAUUCUAUAUUGCAGAGAAAUGGUUUCGUGAGUUCUCAAUCAUACUCAGAGCAAGUUAGUGGUUGGACGAGCAUGAGCAAGAUUUUAUUGAAACGGCAGCUUGCCAGAACUGUCCCUGGCAGACGACCACUAAGAUACACAUUAACUGAAGAGGGAAAGGAACUUGCCAAUAUUUUAAUCAACAAAUUUAGUGUACAUUUUUUAUGCAAAGAAACACCUUGUGAGGAUAAUGAGAGCAUAGAACUAGGAAAAGUUGACCUUUAUCGUGAAGUCGUCGAAUGGGGACAACCAUCAAAAUGCAUUAUUUCAUAUGAAAGCACAAAACUUUAUUCUGUGAAUGAUACCCAAACCUCUGUUGUCAGUGAAUGUCAGAAGGCGCAACUUUACGUUGUUUUAGAUAAUAGAGAAGUGAAAGGAUUCGGAAAAUCUAGAAAAAGGUUGAUGGAAUUUUUAGAGAUACUCGGCGUACCCGUCAUGUUGUAUCAACUAGAAUUAGGUGAUAUCUUAUUUGUCGCAAUGGCAGAUUCUAUCGAUGCAGAUAAAUGCAAUAACACUAAAUUAUCUAUGUCUGAAGGAAGAGUCCUAGACUAUUUAAUUGAACGUAAACGAAAUGACGAUCUUGCAUCAUCUUUGCAUGACAGAAGGUUUUCGAGGCAAAGAUUUUGUAUGAAACAAAGCAAUAUUAGCCACCUCAUUUACCUUAUCGAAGGCGACUUGAAAGCUCAGGAGAAGGAAAAUGUGGAUUCCCUUUGGCGAGUUUUAAUGAGCACAGCUAUGGUUGACAACUUCCAUAUUGAAUAUUCAAAGGACGUUUGGGAAAGUGCUUGUUUUGUGAAAAAUUUAUAUCAAGUAGUGAAUUCGGAAGUACAGAAACUUGCAUGGCGGGAUAUCAUGGGAAAUCCAUCCCUUGAACAAUGGAAUAGAGCUCUUAGAGAAGCUAAGAAGCCCUCAGGAUUGGAUUUGUUUAAAUGGCAGUUGAUGUCAAUACCAGGUAAGUUGUAUGACUCACAUUUAUUGAAUCAUCCUUACAUUUUACGAAUCGAAGGUAUUGAUUAUCGCAGAGCGCAAGAUGUGGUAUCUUGUGGCUUUCGUUCCUUGGUAGAACUUGGAGAAGGUUUGGAUCGUUACUCAACUAGAAAUGAAAGAAUUUCUUAUUUACAGGAAAUAUCACUUCAGUGUGGAAAAAAACGAUGGUGUCGUAAUUUAUAUGAGACGAUUGAAGCGCUUUUUUGCUGUAAUGAGAUAUAUCCAGAAUAGGCAAAAACAUGCAAUGCUACCUUACUCUAUGUCUUGUAGAUUUAUUCUUAGGGACGCUCUGUAAAUAUACAAAAAUUUAUUAAAAAACAAGUAUGCAAAAUAGGUCAUUUUAACGUCAUAAGUUGUCAAGAUAGAAACAGAGCUAGAAUAUUUCCUGUGGUCAGAUCUGUGUUUACUACAUACAGUUAGGCAGCAAAGACGGUUUUCAGAACUCUUUUCAAACGAGAGUUAAAAGACCAAAAGAAGCCUCUCGAUAUCUUUAAAAGUUUUUGAAUCUCCCACAACAACUUUGGAACAUAUUGUGGUAAGGAUUCAGCAACCAGGGUUCAAAGAGGCCCACUUUUCAGUGGAGAGGUACCUAUUGGAGAGACCAAUAGUUGAAAUAAGGAGAGACCGAAGCAAGUGCCACAACUCAAGUAAAUAACCCGUAGAAGAUUGCUACCUUAAAAAAAGGAAUGUAGUACAGCGUGUAAGAACGUUCACUUCGUUCAAGUUUUCGCUCAUAGAUAGACCUAAAUUCUCUUAAUCUUGCAAUUCACAAGCAACACCAUGAAGUUGCACAGACUGUUGCAAAACUGCUGUAGUCUACGGAAUAUGAGAAUAGAAUGAAAUAAAAGUGACGCCAAAUAGGAGAAAUAUGUGACAUAUUAGGUGAUAUCUCUCUCUGGAUUAAUCCAACACUAGCUUACUUAAGCGUUA